CAAGCCUGUUGGUUGUAUUAAAAUAAAAUCAAUCCAUUUUAUCAACGACACGAACAAGAAUGGAUGCUAAACUUGUUUUCUGUGUUUUACUCUUUUCUUCGGCGGCGACUCCUGUUAACGCCCAGCCCUGGAAUACUUAUAUACCGUGUACGAAGUCCGCCGACUGCCCUACCUUCCUAUGUUGUCGUGAUGCCGGUGGCAACCUUUCAGGUGGCGAAGGGGGAGGGUUACCUCCUUGGGUAGAAGACGAUGGUAUCGUAGUAGGUGGAACGUGUUGGUAUGGCCCUAGCAGACCCGGAACAGUAUGCUCGCAGCAAUGCGGGUGUGGAGCUGGUUACACGUGCUACAAGACGCUCACCGGCGUGUGCUGCCCACCGACCACGUGCUGGAACGCAACUGAGGCUGCCAAGGACAAGGAAUUUUGGGAAAACUGCCACAAUGACCCCAAUUGCGCUUUCCCGCCAGUUGCCAAUCCGGGUCGUUAAGUGCGAGGAUUGAAUGGCAUGCAACGAAUUAUUGAGAUGGCAUAUUUGUAUAAUAUGUUUAGUUCAUUUGUCUUAGCAUACAUGUGUAGUGCCUGAUUACUUUUUAUUUGAUUUUUUAACAUACAGGUAUUACAAACUAUUCAUGUUUGUGUUGAUCUUAUCAUGACGGAAAUGGACAAUUAAUAAUAAUGCUGGCCAUCAAAAAAAGGCAUAUUUGGUAUAUUAUUUGUAUUCACUUUUAAUUUUUAUAUUUGUUCAAUUUACCAACCUGUGUAACAUACAUGGAUAAACAAACACUAUUCUAUUGAUCUGCGUCGUGCGAAAAUUAUUCGUAUUUUCGGACAGUCUUGCUUCAGAUAUGCCUCUGCGUCCAUAUACUCUGGUCGCAUGUGUAAUAAUACUCAUAUUCGCAAGACGCGUCGGUAUUUGUUUUUCUUGGUAUUAAUAUACACGAGUUUAUUUAAGAUUCAGAAAAUGCAUGCAUACAAUGCCAUUGACAUGUUGAAAUCAAUGUUGUUGGCGACUUAACUAAUAUUUACUUUUGUGCACACAAUUAUAAAAUAAAGCUGAAUUGAACAUAGUGUUGACGAUCUGGAAAAACAAGGUCAUUUUUUAAUAUCCGUGUACGGCAUAAAACUCUGUCUAAAUAAAACUAUAAGCAGCACGCUGAAGAAACAAAUGAUUGUUUUCGUCUUAUAACAAACGUGUUUCUCGAUUCUAAAUAAAAACAGCUUCGAAUGCUGAAUAAAAAAAAACCUUGAUAUAUUAAGGAU